GGGCGACCCGAGGCACUCGACUUCCCCCAUCGUCGGUCUCCAAAAUACAACCGGAAGCAGGCGUGGCCCGUCCCCCACCGAACCAUUGGCGCCGGCGGCGGGCCUGCCCGCUCCAGCCGCCGCGCGCCACGACGCGUCCUCCGUGCCACGCGCGGUAGUACCCCCUGGCAGAGAGGGCGGCCGUGCCGCUGCGGCGCCCGCAGAGUAACCGACGGCCCAACGAGGAUGGGGCCCGAACCGCACGGAGUGCCCAGCGGCGCCAGGGCCGCGACGCGGACCGACACGCCGCAGCCCGGAUGCUUCUCGGUCUGCAGGCUCCUGGACCUCAAGGCGCCUCAGCAGGCCGACGCGGCAGAGGCUCAUGACCACGGGUCGUGGGAACCCGGCAGCGAGGCUCCCCUGACCUCGGACAGCGAGGAUCCUCGGGGCGUGCGUCGGAAUCGAACCACGUUCACGGCGCAGCAGCUGCGUGCCCUGGAGCGUGCCUUCGAGCGAACCCACUACCCGGACGCCUUCGCCAGGGAAGAGCUGGCGCUCAGGGUACGACUCAGCGAGGCCAGGGUCCAGGUCUGGUUUCAGAACCGCCGCGCCAAGUUCCGUCGCAACGAGCGGAGUGCGCAGCGAGGCCUGGCGCACGCCCCCGACCGGCUGCAGGCCGAGCAGCCCGUGCUGGCAGCCCUAGCGCCCCCGUCGACGGGACACCGGUCCGGACACCCCGCGGCGGUCGGACAGCCGCCCCACAUGCCCUGGCCCACGGUGGCCCACGCGCAGCACCACCAGCUUCGAUGGUGCCAAUAAACCUCCUCUGUACUCUGCCGA